AUGUUUAUUGUUGCUCUAUCAAAUAUUUUUUUUAAUAUUUUGAAGAUUAUUUUUUAUUUUAUAAGUUUUUUAAGGAUGCGUUCAAAUAAUCUUGGAAAUGAUAAAAAACGACAAGUCAAAGUUUUAUGUUCUGGGGAUGUCAAUGGAAAUUUUAAACAAUUGAUAGCACGCAUUGCUUUGGUUAAUCAAAAGGCUGGUCCAUUCGAUAUUCUUUUUUGUGUCGGUGAAUUUUUUGGUCCAGACAAUGACGAGAACGAAAAAGUAAUUAAUGGAGAAAUUGAUUUCCCCGUUCCAACAUACAUCCUUGGCCCAUGCUGUCCUUCAACUUCAACCUAUUAUCCAGCUGAAAGUGUUGAGUUUUCACAAUCUCUUACUUAUCUUGGGAAGAAAGGGACAUUAAUGACGGCGAAUGGAUUAUUAAUUGGUUACUUUUCGGGAAUUGAAGCACCGGCUAUGUCUACACAGACUUUACCCUUUCAAUUCGCUACACGUUCAAUUGACGACCUUUUGACUCCACUUGCUGCAAGUUCAGGUUUCAUGGGAGUUGAUAUCCUACUAACAUCAAUUUGGCCUACCAAUGUUUGGUUACACUCAACAAAUCAACCAUCUAUUGAACCAUCAAAUACUUCCAAACUUUUAGCUAGAUUAGCUUCUGGAUUGAGACCUCGUUAUCAUUUUGCUGGCCAAGGAAUUCAUUAUGAACGUUCACCUUAUAGGAAUCACCGAGUUUUAUUGGAACCAGCCCAACACGUUACUCGAUUUAUUGGACUUGCUUCAGUUAAUAACACAAAUAAACAAAAAUGGUUAUAUGCAUUUUCGUGUACUCCAAUGAGAGAAUUAUCAAGAGAUGAAUUGGUAACACAACCAGAUAAUUCGACAGAGUUCCCGUAUAUGGAGAUACUUAAGGAAUAUUUACAUAACAAAGCAAUCGAAGACGAAAAGCGUCGAAGGGAAGAAGGAAAUUCGGUUCAAUACAGAUUUGAUAAUAAUAAUUAUGAAGAAGAAGAGCAUCAAGAAGAAUUUCAAGGAAGAAGAAAAGGUAAAAGAAGGGGAGGAGAAAAUUAUAACGAAAAAAGGCCUAAAAUUGACCCUUCAACGUGCUGGUUUUGCCUUUCGAAUAUUGAUGCUGAAAAACAUUUAAUUGUUUCUGUUGGUACUAGUUGUUAUACUGCUAUGCCUAAAGGGCCGUUAAUGGAGAGACAUUUGCUUGUUAUGAGUAUAGGACAUAUUCAAUCAUUGGUUGUUGCACCAGCCGAAGUUCGUGAUGAAGUUAAUAAAUUUAAAGAUGCUUAUUGUUUAUUCUCUGAUAGAAACAAUGAAGUUGUUUGUGUUUUUGAAAGAAAUUACAAAACUGAAGUUUGGGAUUUAUUAAAUGAAGGAUCUCCAUAUUUUUACGUUGAACUUCCCGACGGGACGAAAAUGUUGAGUAGAACAAUGUCUCGUUUUCCGUUACAAUUUGGUCGAGAGGUUCUAGCUUCAAAAGCCUUACUAGACUGUGAGGAUCACAUCGAUUGGCGUAACUGUUCGCUGGAAAAAGACAAAGAAGUUGAGCUUGUAAACAAAUUAAAAAAUGGGUUUAAACCGUUUGAUUUUACUAAUACUGAGGAUUCUGAUGAGGAUGAUUGA